UUCGUUUGAGGCCGUCGGGAGAUCUGGGAUAGAGCCUCAUUUUGUAACUAGCAUCCAAGCGAGUAGGUUCCUAUAGGAGUGAAGUAUUUGAUAGACACAGGAAAGGAAGCCGUUUCGAAAACGUACUGCAGUCUUUUUGUCCCAGUGCAUAGAAGAUGGUAUCGAGAACUAAAUCCAAAAAGGUGCGCUCCACCCGGAAGUCCAACCCAGCCGUGCGGGCUUUCAAGCGAGGUCCCAGGACUACCGUUGGACGGCUGAGCAAGAGGAGUGUCAUCCAGAAGAGAAGGAAGUCCACUGUCUCCAGCAGGGUGAAGAGGACGUCUGUGAAGGGGAAGCCCAGGAAGUCGGUGGCAUCACGAAAGCCCACUGUCAGGGUCUCAGCGAAGGCCAAGCCCAACAAGCGAAGGAUUCGCAGCAAGAUUGCUGCCCCAAUACCAGAGAAUGAGACCGCGGAGGUAGUUCUGCUCACGGGCUCGCACUCACCCGUACGCAAGAGAGUCGCCAAGACUUCUUCCAAGCCUCUUGCGAAGACCACCAGGUCUAGGCGUGAGCGCGACGGUUCCGUGGUGUUCUUACCUUCGCGGGCUCGCAAAGAUCCCUUCAAGAAGAUCAAGGUUAGCUCGAAGAAGAUGGGAGACUUGUCGCGCGUCUCUGUGAAGAGUUCCAAGGGCAAGCCCAAGCCGAAGGUCAGUGGCCUGAAGAAGCCAGUGGUUCCGGGCAAGCAUCGGGUCGCCAAAUCCAGAACUGCCGUUUCAAGGGUCCUCCAGAAGUGCAAGAGCUCCAAGUCGGUGAGUUCUCCAAAGGCGAAGAGGACGCAGCAGAUGCCGGAGGGGCCUCUUAUUGAAAUCGCACCGCAGGUGGAUCACAUGGAAGCUGAAUCGGCAUCUGGCCCCAAGCGGAAGGAGAGAUUCGCGAAGAAACAUUCCAAGGUGGUGCGCAAGCCUUCAAAACCCAAGUCCUAGACGUUUCACGGCAAAAAGAAUCCCACUGUGACAUGUGAUAUUUUCAAAUUUUCUUUACGUAGUGUGACCAAAUUCAAGUUGUAAGCAUGGAUAUUUUUGCAAUUUUUUUUUACCCAACAGUAAGCUAGGGAGUUUCAAGAAAAAUUCAUAGUUGUCUCGGAUCUCGGAGUGCCGAAUGGAAAUAGCCGCAGGAAGCCCACUUGCCGACUACAACCUACAGGAAGCUUGUGGAAUUUUCAUUUGUUCGCACCCAGCCGUGUCUUUUCACAUACUUUUUGCAGUAUUUUAAGCUUUGGAUAUACAUUAGCUACCGCAAUACAUUUGUGUUUCAAAAUUCA